AUGGAACUUGACCGUGAAUUGUCUAAUCCGUUUUCGUGCAGGGAAAUUAGUCUUCGACAAAAACACGUUAACUCCUCUUCCGGAAAAAGGUUUAGUAUCUGUCUAUGUUGUUUGUCUUCCAACACCCAAAUACAAAAACGAAUAAAAAUGACAAUGCAGUCCAUUGAAGGGAUGAUAACAUUCGAGUGGAAGCGACGCGAGACGCAAUACGUCGACACUGAAAUGAUCAUAUUUCCCGGCGAUGCUGUUGCGGUCCUCAUCCCACAACGCAACAGUGGGUACGUUCAAAUCAAAGAAACAAAGCGCACUGCCUUUUUCUGGAACCAAGAGACAGACCCCAAACUGUUUUCCAACGCACUUACUGAAAUGCAGAAAGUUUUGGAUGGUCAACAGAUUUCCCCCAUCGACACAACCGCUCCCCCCGCAGCAAAACCCAUUUACAAAGUUAAAAACGGUAAAAUCCAAAUCGCAGACGUCUCUCUCCGUACCGUCGUCGACGCAAAAAUAGUUGAAGAGAUAUUAAAAGAGCACCCUGAGGCCAUACAGGAACUUGCAUUGUUAUGCCCACCCGACGAAGUUGAUGGCAAAAAUAGUGACCAGCUCAUUCAAGUGAUUCUUAAUAACAUUCACUCAAACCAAUUCCAAGAGACUUUAAGACUGAUAGAAACGGCUAUCACAACAGGAGAAGGAGAUGAAAUAUGUUCGCAGACCGGAGCUGAAUUACAUCACCAAGGGCUUGGUGGGGUGAGACUUGUGUUGCUCGACAUCAUCAAUAAAUUUAAGAUGUAA